AUGAUGAGCAAAGUUUUAAUAAUUGGUGGUUCUUUUGCAGGCCUUACAGCAGCUCGAGAGCUCUGUCAAGACUUCCAAGUCACAUUGGUAGACUUAAAAGAAUACUACGAAUACACUCCAGGAAUUUUAAGAGCUAUGGUAGACCCAAAUGCAUACCCAUCAAUAUCUGUGAAAUACGCUGAUAUUUCUCAAUCAAUGGGUUUUGACUUCAUUAAAGGUGAAGUAAUAGAACUGUCUUCUCAUUCAGCAGAAAUACAAAAUGCUCAAGGUAUCGUUAUGACCACAUUUGACUACUGUAUAAUUGCUUGUGGGACAGAUUAUUAUGACCCUAUUAAGCCUCAUAGGACUUAUGAAGAUUUGAGCAAUGAAAGGCAUGAAACAAUAAUAGAAACUCAUGAUGAAAUUGAAGAAGCUCAAAGCAUUAUGAUUCUUGGAGCUGGAAUCGUAGGAGUAGAACUUGCAGGAGAAUUAGUCUCAAAAUUUCAUGACAAAAACAUUACACUUUAUUCUGCUCAGGAUGUUAUUAUGCCUGGAAUGCCGAAACUUGCCCAGAAGUAUGCUGAAAAUUUUUUAACAGAAAAAGGUGUAAAAAUUGUUUAUAACAAGAAAGCAAGUGAAGAGGAGUUCAAGGAUUUUGACUUAGUUUUUAAGUGCAUUGGGGUUAUUUAUAAUACAAAAUUCUUGCAAAAAAAUUUUCAGGAAAAUUUAAAUGACCGUGGCAAAAUUGUUGUAAACGAUUUUCUUCAAGUCAAAGAGCAUAUUUUCGCAGCAGGAGAUGUCGCACAAACAACUUUGAAUUUAGCAGGGACUGCUUAUGCUGCUGAGCAAAUGGGAAAACUUUUAGCAAAAAAUAUUAGAGCAAUAGCAUCUGGGAGCAGACUACGUGAAAUGGGAACUUUGCCAAUGCUGUACUGUGUAAGUUUAGGUCCAGAAUUUGGGGUGACAGUCUAUCAAAACUUAGUUAUCCCAGGUUCCUGCCAAGCAUUUGUAAAGUUUUUUAUACAGUAUACAAAAGUCAAAGAAUUAGAAAAUCCAAUGUUUAAUCUUAUGUGGAAAGGUCUUGACUUUGCAGCUGAAGCAUUGAGUCAUUUUUUUUAA